AUGUCCUUCGCCGCAUCCAAAUUACAACUCGAGUCACCAAUAGCUGAGCUUGCGGACCCAUUUGCCUCGACUCCGGUGUUGAAUCAUGAAGCAGAGAUUGAAGCAGACGCUCUCGAGAAGCUUCUUGACCUCCCAUCGACGGCUGCUGCACCAGUCAUUGCAAUCGAUCUUGACGAUGUUUUAAGCCAAACGAAUGAAGUCGUAGCGGAAUGGCAUAACGAAAUAUAUGGAACCCAGAUGGAGAUAUCCCACUUUUACUAUUACUAUUACUGGAAGAACCCCUUUUGGGGAACACCUCAAGUGACAUUUGAUAAGGUCAAAGAGUUUUAUAUGACGGAUCGGAUUUAUCAAGCAAAACCAGUGCCUGGCGCAAAGGAAGGGGUCCAGACACUGCGAGAGUUGGGAUACCGACUCAUCAUCGUGACGGCUCGGGCGGAGGAUCAUGCGGACGAGAGCUGGAAAUGGGUGGACCAACACUUUCCAGGAAUCUUCGAUAGCAUAAUUUGCACGGGUCAAUUCAAGGACGCGCACAAGACUGGGCACGAGGUGGUUACCAGGUUGAGUAAGGCGCAGGUCUGUGAAGACCUCAAGGCAAAGGUGCUCAUUGACGACUCGGCCGAAAAUGCGCUCCAAUGUGUUACUGCGAUGAAACCUACGCCUGUUCUACUAUUCGGCGACUACGAAUGGAAUCAACGGAUGUCGCGGCCAGAUGAUGCACGAGAUGAGAUGUCGUUUGAUAUACGGCUGAAGGACAGCGGAGGGCAGGAGUUUUGGAAGGAAGAAAAGCUGGAUAUACCCAGUGGAAGCCCAUUGUGGAGGGCGAAGAACUGGGACGAGGUUGUCCUCUGGGUGCAGGCGAAACGAAGGGAAGGUAGAUUGUAA